UGCAUGCAGCUUGAGCAUCUAUAAAUACCAAACUCCCACACCCAUUGUCAUUGCACAGAACUUACACCUAUACACAUUCUUCACUACACAAACACCUUGAAAGCAUGGCUAUGAUCCGUGAACACAACACCAUGUUUGUUUCAAAAAUAGCCAUCAUAGGAGCUGGAGUGAGUGGCAUAGCAGCAGCCAAACAGCUAUCACACCACAACCCUAUCAUUUUCGAAGCCUCUGAUUCCAUUGGCGGAGUUUGGAGGCAUUGCUCCUACAAUUCCACAAAGCUUCAAUCUCACCGUCGUGAUUAUGAGUUCACUGAUUUCCCUUGGCAUGAAAGGGACAACUCUGAUUUCCCAACCCACUUGGAGAUAUUGAAGUACUUGCACUCCUAUGCUCAACACUUUGAUGUCAUGAAAAACAUCCGGUUCAACUCCAAGGUGGUUGAAAUCCGGUUCUUAGGGAACCGGGUACCGACGGAGGGUGAACGUGACUUUGGAAGCCCCCUUCCUGGUCGUCCUGUUUGGGAGGUUGCUGUGCGGGAUAAUCAUUCAGAUACCAUUCAGUGGUAUGGGUUCGAGUAUGUAGUGGUUUGCAUUGGGAAAUAUGGGGACAUACCCAAGAUUCCAACGUUUCCACGCAAUCAAGGUCCUGAUGUAUUCAAUGGAAAGGUUCUGCAUUCGCUUGAUUACUCUAAACUUGACCAUGAUGCUUCUACUCAACUUCUCAAAGGGAAAAAAGUUGUGGUGGUUGGUUUCAAAAAAUCUGCUCUUGAUUUAGCCAUGGAGUGUGCACAGGCAAACCAAGGACCUGAAGGACAACCAUGUACCAUGAUAAUAAGGACUUUGCAUUGGGCAGUUCCUCAUUACUGGGUUUGGGGAUUACCAUUUUUCUUGUUCUACUCUACAAGAUCUUCUCAGCUCCUCCAUGAAAGUCCAGACCAGAGCUUUCUCAGAACCCUUCUCAGCCUCAUGUUGUCUCCAAUGAGGCAUGGAAUUUCAAAGUUCAUUGAGUCUUACAUUAUGUGGAAAUUUCCAUUGGCGAAGUAUGGGUUGAAACCAGAACAUCCCUUUGAGGAAGAUUAUGCAUCUUGCCAAAUGGCCAUUAUGCCUGAAAAUUUCUUCUCAGAGGCUGAAAAUGGCAAAAUUCUCUUCAAAAAAACAUCAAAGUGGUGGUUUUGGAAUGGAGGAAUUGAAUUUGAGGACAAAUCAAAACUGGAGGCUGAUGUAGUGGUUUUAGCAACUGGUUUUGAUGGAAAGAAAAAGCUCAAAUCCAUUUUACCAGAGCCAUUUUGUAGCUUGUUGGAGUACCCUUCUUCUGGUAUUAUGCCUUUAUACAGGGGAACUAUACAUCCAUUGAUUCCAAACAUGGCUUUUGUAGGCUAUGUUGAGAGUGUUUCAAAUCUUCACUCAUCAGAGUUACGUUCCAUGUGGCUUUCCGCUCUGAUAGACAACAAAUUCAAGCUCCCAGAUGUUGAGAGCAUGCUUUCACAUACAAAUAAGGAGAUGGAAGUGAUGAAAAGGUCUACAAGGUUCUAUAAGAGACACUGCAUUUCAACAUAUAGCAUCAACCAUAGUGAUGAAAUAUGCAAAGAUAUGGGGUGGAAUUCCUUGAGGAAGAAGAACUGGAUAUCUGAAGCAUUUGGCCCAUACAGCAGUGCAGACUAUGAGAAUGAGAAGCAAGAUUGAUCAUGUUGCUUAUGAGUUAUAACCAUUCUAUUAGUAACCGCAUAAAUAAUAUAGGAAUAAUAAGAAACAUACCAGCAUGUUCUAUUGGGAAGAAAUAUAGUAGUAGUCAGUUUGGUGUCCCCUUAAAGAUAAGGGUCAAAAUAUUGGGGGAUGAGUAUACUGUGAGAAUUGAGGGCUAAAUAUGGUUUAGACACUCAGAGCCAUGUUUAAGAAAUGUAGUCAUGACUCCUUCAAGGUUAUAUCAAUGUUGUUUGAAUAAAUCAUCGAAAUUGCUGA